AUGGAGCCGUCAUCUGUCGCCGAGCAGCGAGCGACCGCCAUCGCGAAAUUGAAACGCGCCGCCUCUCUUCCGCGCAUGAAGGAUGGAAGACGGCCCCCGAUGCACGUCGAAGCAGUCAGCGAGGGAGAACGAGUAGAGCACGAUCGUGGAAUAGAUGAAGAGAGCGCUCAGGACUCUCAGGAUUCGGACGGGAAGCAGGCGCAGCACGAGGAAAAGGUGGACCAAGGCCCCGGGACCGAAGCACCAAAGGAAGAGGUGAAGCGAGAAGAGGUCGGUGCACCACCGCCAGAGGCUCCAGCGGCGGAAUCCACCCCUGUGCGUGCAAAACGACGCUCACGAUCGCGGACACGGUCGAGGGGUUCCAGAGACAUGAAGGGCAAGGCAUCAACGAAGGCACCCUCGCAUUUCAGCUCGGCAAGUCAUACCAACGAAUCCUCGGCGGAUGAAAACUAUACUUCGGCCCCUGGCGAAGAUCCUCCACCUUCUCCUCCCCUCAUAUCGCCUGUUCCGAUACCGUCAGCAUUUGCUCUUCCCCCUUCCCGGUUUCUUGCCUCGCCUUUCUUCUACCCGGGGACAUCAUCGACUCCACUGCCUACACUAGAUGAUAUCCAACAUGGCAUCGCACGGAUGGGGUUAUACCGGUCAAAUAGCGCCGGUGCAGCUCGAGCGAUGGCGAUGUCGAAGCUCACGGGCGGGCGGGAGCCCGUGGACAUGUCCUUCAUCUCGCCGUCUCCUACACCGCCUCCGGGCGGUGCACGGCUGCAGCGAAACAACACAGUUGCCGGAGGUGAGCGGAUAGCUGCACGCCGGCUGAUGUUGCAUCGGCUAGGGAACAGGAUCAACCUAGCCGACGGCGACCAGACCAGUGGAGGGGAGGAGGUUGCAGCGCCGACAAUACCACCUAAGCGUAGACGGCGCAGAUCAAGACGCUCAUCGCGUGCGUCGACGGUGGUUGAUGACCGUGAAGAGCGGGAGCCGGCUUCGACUGCACCCACGACUCCCAAUGUACCAUCCACGCCUUUGCCACAGCCACCGCCGUUAUACAAUCCACCUGAACCACCCCGUCUUCCAUCUUCUCCUCGGGCGACUAAUGGAGAUGCUGGGCGCGUGUCACCGCUUGCGAAAGCCAACGGGAAUGCAGCUUAUACUUAUGAGAAACCCACCCUUCAUCGAGGAGUGGUUGUUGAGGAUGAGGACGAUGUCCCUCAACACCUCUCACCUCGGCGUCCUCUUCCGCAACCACCCACGCCUGGUCGCGGCUUUACGCAGCUUCCCAAUGUGCGACUUCCACUUGCUGCAGACGCUGCGACCAGCAGCAGUCCCACUGAGUCUGCGACGUCUGCAACCACUGUCCCGGUUUACCUCUCGCGCAAUACUGGAUUAUCCUCUCGAGACGCGUUUCCUGCGAGCCCAUUCGCCACGCCUUUGAGGGAGAAGCAAUAUCUGGACGAGGACGAAGAACAGGUGGUUUAUCAAGAGGCGAGGAGUAGGUCGCGGUUGGCCCAUGAGCGUGACCGUGAAAACGAGAAAAGCUGGGUGGCUGAUUCCUUACCCGUCCGACGAAUGCCUGUCGACGAUGAUGAGGACGACGAUAUCGAGGACGAUGUUCGGGAGCCGGAACCAGAGGUCGAGGGUGGUGAUGAGCGUCCCUCCGCUGAAAACUCCGAUCGCCAUUCAAAUCGAAGCUAUCCUCGUACAUCUCCUCAUCCUCCACCACGACCGGAUCUGGUUGUAGAGCUCGAAACAUCGCCAGAGCCUACCCUCGCGAACGGCCCUCCCUCGCCCAUAUCUCCUAUCAUUCCGCUCACGUCUGCAGCCAGGGAUGCUCCAGCUGGUAGGCCAACAUCUCCGAUCACAUAUCCGACUCGCUUGUCGGUGGUGCCGAGCCAGUCAGAUCGGUCCCCAUCCAACACGGACUUCCCCGAGUGGGAGGACCAGCGGGCCACCCUGACAGACUCGACCAUGAAGCGGGCCGCGGAGUCCACGAGCACAUGGGAGAAGGUCAAGAACACGUUCUCGCUCAGCAGGAGCGGCUCGGUGAAUGGCCGGAGAUCUCGCGCGAACAGCACUGGCAUCCGGGACAGAAGGAACAAUACGGACUCGAGCGUCAGCCGGGAGAGUCGUACGAGUCUCACAAAGGAGAAAGGAGACCAGAGCCACGAGAUACAGGUGCCCUCUGCAUCGACGUCUAUUGUCUCUCUGCCUAUGGCAGCGUCGACCCACUCUGGGGUAUCACCUGCCACUCCGAACGAUUUGGCGGUGCAGUACAAUUUCGAGUCAAAUUCCAAGUUGUUCCCUUUCCCAGGCAUCAAGGAGUUGGAGGAGCAACGCAACCGCGCAAGGGGCCUGUCGCAGUCGACAUCGAAUCCCGAUAUCGCGUCUGCUGGCGGGAUGGGCACAGAAGCCACGUCGAGCUCAGGCUCAUCCAAUACAGCCACACGGGGUGUUGAAGCUAAUAGAGAGCGCAAGCUGUCUCACCAGGCAUCAGACAGCCGCCUUUUGCCGAAAUUCAACACGGUGACUUCUCCGCCUCCCAUAACGGCGGUAUCGUCAUCGAACUCGCAAGGAGACCAAUUCAGCAUGCACCCGACGGCUUCUGAUGCGAGCACUACGGGAUCCCUGAAGCUGCCCAUGAAUCGUGAGGGAGUGAAGAAGUGGCUAAAUGCGAAAAGGAAGUUGUUCCCAACCCAUACAUCGCCGGUCCAGAUUCCCGGAGCAUCAACUUCUCCUAGUGCGGAGUCCCGUCCGCAGAUGGGCAACAAGAAGCCAUCUCUUUCAGACCUGUUGCUAGGUCGGAAAGAGAUGGAGCUCGCUACGGAGUGGGAGGAGCCCAGUCCGGAAACGGCGCGUACCCCGAGCAGUGCUCCUAGCAGCGCGACGGUUGGCGUCAACACUGCGACCGCAGAGGAGAGGAAAUUGACCGGUGUCCAAGUGCGAACAGAGGUGUUGGCAAGAUUGGAUACUGUUCCAGAGCCAGUUCUCCCCGUCAGAGCGGAGGUCGAUGUACUAACCCGGACAAAUGGUGUAAUAUCGCCUCCUUCCAUGCUAGACUUUUCCAACUCCUAUAGCUCACCGCCCGAACUGCUGUCAUCCACAACUCCCGACCCACAGUCAUCUUUGGAGGAAUACACCAAUCAUUCGACGUCGGAGUCAUAUUCCGCGUCGAUCUCAUCUUCUCACCGAUCCCCGGAACUACCAAGCAAUGAAGCGUCACAAAGCGUGAUUGUGUUGGAACGUCUCGAUGAGAUUCUCGGGAGAGGAUCGAAAAGCUCGCCGUGGCCUAACACGAUCGAUGAACCGCCAAGGAAAUUGAUUCUCUCAUCGCCUGUACUACAAGUUGCAAAUGCAAACACGGUGAAAGAUCGAUUCUUGUUCCUCUUCGAUGACAUUCUGGUGAUUGCCAAGCCCAUCGUGCAAGACUCGGACGCGCUUUUGGAAACCAUGAAACCUAGCCCUUUGGAUAGGAAAUUCAUUGUGAAGAGUGUGUGUCAACUUCGUCAGCUCCGGCUCAGCAGCGAUCGCGAUGAAUCUCGCGGCAAGGUGCCAGUGAACGCGAAUCCGACAAAGCAUCCAGUGAUCCGCAGCUUCGUGCAUCAAUUUGCCAAAGAUCCCGAACAUGCUAUCACCGCUCUCUUUAGCAAGACGACAUGCAGCAGGGAUGACCACAUCGCUUUGGGUCAGUUGCUCUUUAGGACACUGGACCUAGAUAGGAUGAGGUUAGGGGAGUAUCUAGCGCGACGGUCGUCCAAGGUCGUCAUGAAGGCAUACGUGGAUAGCUUCGGACUUACGGGCGUGAGGGUUGACAAGGCAUUCCGAGUCUAUUUGCAGUCCAUAUGCAUCCCGGCAAAGGUGGGGGCACUUGAAUACCUCUUAGACUCGUUUGCCAGCCGUUGGUAUGAAGCCAAUGCGGGGAUCGUUGCCUAUGACAGAGACCUUGCCAUACGGAUUGUGCGUGCCAUUGUGCAGCUCAACGAGGUCAUGCAUGGCAGCAUUGCGGACGAGCCCGGGAUGACGGGUUAUCCCAAGCGAAACAUUAUCUCUCAGGACUUCAUCACUAGCUUCAGACGGUUUGACCCAAGAAGUCUUGUCUCCGAUGACCUGUUAGACAAGAUAUAUGCAUCAAUCCGUCGUGAACGGCUGUCACAAGCUCGCGGACCCACCUCCGCCACCGACCCUCCUGACAUUCCGAUCACCAUCAAACGUCCCCUCCCCUCCCGCCUGACAUAUCGUGUGCAGUCGGAGCCGAUCGUCAUGCGCAUACCUCAUCCAGAUUCGCACUUGACCAUCCAGCUCUUUGGUCAGGACUUGGUGUUUGAUCCGCCUGUGCUCAACUUCUCUAAGUCUUCCGAGGCGUCCUUCCGUGUGAUUGGUACUUCAUUAGGCUCGAAAUCUAUCAUUAUGUGGCGUUCGGGACCAAACGCACUCCUCUACUCUGGACUUCCUUUCGGCAAUCCUUUAGUAGUCGAACGAGCCUUCAUGCGGAACACCUUCCAGGUCGCGUUCCUCAACCACACUGGAAUGAAGCGACGGUAUAUGUUCAGCGUUGACGAUCCUUUGAUCCGACACCAGUGGACUGUCUCGCUGAGACAACAAAUCGACAUCGCGUCUUUGCAACCAUCUCCGGGCAGCGCGUCAGGAUCAUCGGCCAAGGAACGACUAGCCCAUGAGAAUCUUGCGUUCAAAGUCUUGGAGGAGACUCUCAUCCAGCCCGAGGAGGAUGAUUACCCUACACCGUUAUCACCGGUGGAUCAGGCAUUUGCACGUCUCGUCGGUGCAUCAUCAUCGCGACACGGAGCUCAUGCGAGCAUCUCGAGCACCAGGGCUCUGUUCGCUCCCCCCAAUGGUUCCGGGGUCUCGGGUAAUAGGCGGCGAGGCAACGGCCCUCAUGUCCGGUCAAAGUCUCGGAGUCAAGUGUACCAUCGCCACGGGCCCGGCAAGCUUGAGCACGAUCUGAGUGAUAGUCCCGACUUCCGCAGUGACGACGAUCAACUCCAGCGCGAAGCAUCUAGUCAAUCGCAUCAGCAACGGCUGUGGAGCGGACGCGAUCUGGAGAUUGUCUGUCGCCACAACAGCAUGAUCGCGCCAGUGCUGGCGUAUUUGCAGACUGAUAGAAGCGAUCAUGACCGAACCAACGGCACUAUAUCAUAG